CUAAUAAGUGUAUCACAACAAGAAAUUAUGAACUCUUUCAAUGCUCCGAUUUGCAUGAGUGAUAUCAGUUACACGUCAUCGAGAUAAUCCUAGCAUCGUUGGAGGAAUUCCAAGAACGCGAUAGCGGAUGGGCGUUGUCGCGUAUACUAAAUUUAACAAUAAAUAUAAACAAAUAUAACCCUUUGCAUGCAGGAUGCAACAUCCAGUUACCAAGUAAAAUUAUGAUGAAGAAAGCGGUAGUUAAUGUAAAAUCAAAUGACAAUGCAUGUUUUGCAUGGUCAGUGGUGGCCAGUCUGCAUCCUGCCGAAAGGAAUACAGAUCGAGAAUCUUCAUAUCCACAUUAUUCUACGGUAUUAAAUCUGAAAGGCAUUGAGUUUCCAAUGACACUGCCACAAAUUAAAAAGUUUGAAAUUCUCAACAAAAUCUCCAUUAAUCUAUACUGCAUCGAGGAGAAGAAAUUAUCUAUUUUUCCUAUACGACUCACCGAACGAAAAAUGGACAAACAUAUACUAUACGUGCAGGAUGACAAUGUGGGACAUUUUGCGUUGAUAAAGAAUAUGUCCCGUCUCAUGAGUUCACAACUCAGUAAGAAAAAGAAUAAGAAAUUCUUUUGUGAUCGAUGUCUACAUUAUUUUAGUUCGAACGACAAGUUGGAAAUUCACACAAUGGACUAUGGAAAGAUAAACGAUUGCGCUAUCAUAUUACCAAGCGAAGAUGACAAAUGGCUAAGCUUUAAAAAUUACUGUCGAAAGGAACGAAUGCCGUUUAUCGUAUACGCCGAUUUGGAAUGCAUCCUGAAGAAGACUGAGGAUGAGAAAAAUUACCAGCAUCUUCGAGUAUUUAGCAUAGCAUAUUAUGUACACUGUGCGUAUGACAAUUCGCUAUCAAUGUAUCGGUUUCAUCGCGAUAAGAAUUGUAUCGCGUGGUUCGUCGAGCAACUUAAAGAUUUAGCACAAAUUGUAAAUAAUAUUCUGUCGGUUAAUGUUCCCAUGGAUUUAACACAAGACGAUUGGAAAAAAUUUAACAACGCUACACACUGCCACAUUUGUGAAAAACCAUUUACGAAUGAAAUAGAACGGGUACGCGAUCAUUGUCAUUUAACCGGUCAAUUCAGAGGUGCAGCGCAUUCAAAUUGCAAUUUAAAUUACAAAGAUUCGCAUUAUAUUCCUAUAGUUUUCCAUAACUUAUCUGGCUACGACGUGCAUUUUAUCAUCAAGGAAAUAGCUACAGCAUAUGAAGGACGAAUAGAUUUACUUCCGAUAACAAAAGAAAAAUAUAUUUCGUUUACAAAAAAUGAUCAGAAAAAUUACAUAAAAUUAAGAUUUAUCGAUUCUUUCAAAUUUCUCGCAUUUAGUCUCGAUAAAUUGGCAUCUUUUCUUAGUAAAGAUAAGCUAUGCAUAAUGCAACGGGAAUAUAGUAAUUUAUCAACAGAAAAUUUCGAUCUGUUAACACGAAAAGGUGUCUUCCCAUACGAGUAUGUUGACUGUGUGGAAAAAUUGGAAGAGUCAUGUUUACCACCGCGCGAAUUAUUUUACAGUUCAUUGACGGGUGACACAGUAUCCGAGAGCGAUUACGCGCAUGCUGUCAACGUGUGGCAGCGGUUCUCCAUUCGAACGCUCGGAGAUUAUAGCGAUUUAUACUUGAAAACUGACAUACUGUUGUUGGCUGAUCUUUGAGAAUUUUCGCGAUAGUUGCAUCGCGAGUUAUGGACUCGAUCCCGCAUAUUAUUAUACUUUAUCCGGUUUUACGUGGGAUGCAAUGUUGAAAUAUAUACAUGUAAAUUUCGAACUGCUAACAGACAUUGACAUGAUCAUGUUCAUCGAACGUGGCACACGUGGUGGUCUGAGUCAAUGUUCAAACAGGUACGCACAGGCCAACAACAAGUACAUGAAGUCAUACAAUCCAUCGAAAUCAUCAUCGUACCUGAUGUACUUUGAUGUAAAUAACUUGUAUGGUUGGGCAAUGUGUCAGCCAUUACCAUACAAAGAUUUUCGAUGGGUAGAUGACGUAACAAAUUUUAAUUUUAUGGACAUCGCGCUAGAUUCUCCGACAGGUUACAUUCUUGAAAUAGACUUAGAAUAUCCACAACAUUUACAUGAUGCGCACAUUGACCUAUCGUUCUGUCCAAUGCGUGAUAAACCGCCCGGCAAGCGGCAGGACAAGCUCCUCGCGACCUUAUACGAUAAGAAACGUUACGUCAUACAUUAUCGUAACCUGCAGCAGUGUACUCGUCACGGCCUUCGAGUAACAAAAAUACAUCGCAUAUUACAGUUUGCACAAUCACCAUGGCUUCGCGAUUAUAUUCAGUUAAAUACAGAUUUCAGAACAUGCGCCAAAAACAAUUUCGAAAAAAAUUUAUACAAAUUAAUGAACAACGCGGUAUUUGGCAAAACCAUAGAGAACGACAAUCACGUCGAUGUGCGACUUGUGACAAAAUGGAAAGGCAGAUACGGCGCGGAGGCAAUGAUCGCUAUGCCAAAUUUCCACAGUCGUAGUGUCUUUUCAGAGAAUUUGGUUGCAAUCGAAAUGCGUAAGCUUGAGGUGAAAUUUGACAAACCAAUCUAUGUGGGUAUGGGCAUCCUUGAUAUAUCUAAGACAUGUUUGUAUGAAUUUCAUCAUGAAUACAUGGCGCCGAUGUUUCGCGAGAAAUGUAAAAUUAUGUAUACUGAUACGGAUAGCUUAAUAUAUAACAUUGAAUGUGAUGACGUAUACGAAAUUAUAAAGCGCGAUAUUAAUAAAUUUGACACGAGUGAUUACGCGGUUGAUAAUGCAUACGGUAUUCCGCUUGCUAAUAAAAAAGUGCCAGAUUUAAUGAAGGAUGAAAACAAUGGUGCGAUCAUCACCGAAUUCGUAGGGCUUAGAGCAAAGAUGUAUGCCUUGCGCGUUGAUGGUAAAAACAACACGAAGAAAGUCAAAGGAAUCAAGAGCAACGUUGUGGCAAAAUCGAUAACUUUCGAUGAUUACACGCGAUGUUUACAUGAUGAGAUUGAAAUGACACGACAGCAGUCAAGUAUUAGAUCGAAAUUGCAUGAGGUGUAUACUAUAUCCGAAACGAAAAUUGCUCUUAGUCCGUAUGAUGAUAAGCGAUAUAUUAUGUCAGAUUCUAUUGACACGUUACCUUGAGGACAUUAUAAAAUACCAAUGUAAAUAAAACACUUAAUUGGUAUAAUAUAUGUAUAUUUGUGUAAUUGUAAUAAAAAUUACUAAUAUCUUGUAAAUAAGUAAUACAUUUUUUUUACAAUACAUUAUCCUUGUGUAUCCACGAAUUGUGUGAAUUAUCAAAUCCCAGCCAUUUCAUAUAAACCUCAUCCCCUCUUUUGCGUAAAAUUUUUUCAACGAGAUACAAGUUAGAAUUACCGACUCGCUGAAGCUCAUAUUCGUAAAAUCCACCGCUGAUAUGUUUUCCACAGGAAUCCUUCAAUAAAUACGUCACGGGAUUAGUUCUCUGCACUUUGGCAAUUUUAAAUACGAGGUGUGUUCAAA